GCUGUGCGAGCCCAGGAGGGAAGCAGUAGCCGCGGCAGGAAAGGCGCGAGUGGAGGCGUCGGCCGUGGGUGCCCGUGUCUCGGAGCCGUGUCCCGCAGCCGCCGAGCGCUCUGCUGAGAGGACGCGGCCUGCAGUAGCUGUCGCAGCCUUGGGUGCCCACCGGGACGAACCCCCUCCCACGCCCGGUGCCGGGCCUGAGGCGGGAUGUAGGGCGCUGGGCGCGGAGGCCGCGGUGCGCGGGGCAUCGCGGGGGGCGCGCCGAGGAUGGAGAGAGCGAUGGAGCAGCUGAACCGCCUCACGCGCUCGCUCCGCCGCGCGCGCACUGUGGAGUUGCCCGAGGAUAAUGAAACUGCUGUUUAUACAUUAAUGCCAAUGGUUAUGGCUGAUCAACACAGGUCUGUUUCUGAACUACUUUCAAAUUCAAAAUUCGAUGUCAAUUAUGCAUUUGGACGCGUGAAAAGAAGCUUGCUUCACAUUGCAGCAAAUUGUGGAUCAGUGGAAUGCUUGGUUCUGCUGCUAAAGAAAGGAGCGAAUCCUAACUAUCAAGAUAUUUCAGGCUGUACACCCCUUCAUUUGGCAGCUAGAAAUGGACAGAAGAAAUGCAUGAGUAAAUUACUAGAGUACGGUGCUGAUGUCAACAUUUGUAAUAAUGAAGGCCUUACAGCAAUUCACUGGCUAGCUGUGAAUGGGCGGACAGAGCUGCUCCACGACCUCGUGCAGCACGUCAGUGACGUUGAUGUGGAGGACGCGAUGGGACAGACGGCACUGCACGUGGCCUGCCAGAACGGCCACCGGACGACUGUGCAGUGCUUGCUAGACAGCGGUGCCGAUAUCAACAGGCCAAAUGUAUCAGGAGCCACCCCACUGUACUUUGCUUGCAGUCAUGGUCAGAGAGAUACAGCACAGAUUCUUCUCUUACGAGGAGCCAAAUAUUUGCCAGAUAAAAAUGGAGUAACUCCUUUGGAUUUAUGUGUGCAGGGUGGAUAUGGAGAGACUUGUGAAGUAUUAAUUCAGUAUCACCCUAGGCUUUUCCAGACUAUUAUUCAAAUGACACAGAAUGAAGACCUCCGAGAAAACAUGUUACGGCAAGUUCUGGAGCAUUUGUCUCAGCAGAGUGAAAGCCAGUAUCUAAAGAUUCUGACCAGUCUUGCUGAAGUCGCCACAACUAAUGGCCAUAAACUGCUGAGCCUGUCCAGCAAUUACGAUGCACAGAUGAAGAGCCUUUUAAGGAUUAUAAGGAUAUUUUGUCACGUGUUUCGCAUUGGUCCUUCCUCCCCCAGUAAUGGCAUUGAUAUGGGCUACAAUGGAAAUAAAACUCCAAGAAGCCAGGUGUUCAAGGUCAGAAAAGUAUAUGAUAUUGUUAGGAAGAUAGACGUAAAAGAGAUGAAUUUGACAAAGCAUGCAUUCAUUAAUCAGAAACCUCAGGAACAGGAGCCUCUGGAGUUGCUUUGGCACUCAUUAGAUGAAUGGCUCGUUUUAAUAGCUACAGAAUUGAUGAAAAACAAGGAGGACUCCACGGAUAUCACUUCUAUUUUACUGAAACAACAAGGCCAAGAUCAGGACGCCACUUCCAUCCCAGCCUUUGAGCCUCCAGGAGCUGGGAGCUGUGAGCGUCUCUCGACGGGCACAGGGGAAUCUGGACCGGACGCUCUCGCGGGGAAGCAGGAGGCUGGCGCAGACUGUCAGGAUGUUAUCUCCAUGACGGCCAACCGGCUCAGCGCUGUCAUCCAGGCCUUUUACAUGUGCUGCUCCUGUCAGAUGCCUCCAGGAAUGACCUCACCUCGUUUCAUUGAAUUUGUCUGCAAACACGAUGAAGUUUUAAAAUGCUUUGUUAACAGAAAUCCCAAAAUCAUAUUUGACCACUUUCACUUUCUCCUUGAAUGUCCUGAGUUGAUGUCAAGAUUUAUGCAUAUCAUAAAAGCACAGCCAUUCAAAGAUCGUUGCGAAUGGUUCUAUGAACAUCUGCAUUCCGGACAGCCAGAUUCAGACAUGGUGCACAGGCCAGUGAGUGAAAGUGACAUUCUGCUGGUUCACAGAGAUUCUAUUUUUAGGAGUAGCUGUGAAGUUGUGUCAAAAGCAAAUUGUGCAAAGCUAAAGCAAGGGAUUGCUGUACGGUUUCACGGAGAAGAAGGCAUGGGUCAAGGUGUUGUGCGUGAGUGGUUUGAUAUUCUGUCAAAUGAGAUAAUUAAUCCUGAUUAUGCACUGUUUACCCAGUCAGCUGAUGGAACAACUUUCCAGCCUAAUAGCAACUCCUAUGUAAAUCCUGAUCACUUGAACUAUUUCCGGUUUGCUGGACAAAUCUUGGGAUUAGCUUUGAACCAUAGGCAGCUGGUCAAUAUUUAUUUCACACGAUCAUUCUACAAGCACAUUCUCGGUAUUCCUGUAAAUUAUCAGGAUGUUGCAUCCAUUGAUCCAGAGUAUGCCAAAAAUUUGCAGUGGAUUUUAGAUAAUGAUAUUAGUGAUCUGGGUCUGGAGCUGACCUUUUCUGUCGAGACUGAUGUGUUUGGAGCCAUGGAAGAGGUUCCUUUGAAACCUGGAGGCGGAAGUAUUCUUGUGACACAAAGUAACAAAGCGGAAUAUGUCCAGCUUGUUACUGAACUUCGAAUGACCAGAGCCAUCCAGCCGCAGAUCAACGCUUUCUUACAAGGCUUUCACAUGUUCAUCCCUCCUUCGCUCAUACAGCUUUUUGAUGAAUACGAGUUGGAGCUGCUGCUUUCUGGCAUGCCAGAAAUUGAUGUGAGCGAUUGGAUAAAAAACACAGAAUACACAAGUGGCUAUGAAAGAGAAGAUCCUGUUAUUCAGUGGUUCUGGGAAGUUGUGGAAGACAUCACUCAGGAAGAGAGAGUUCUUCUCCUGCAAUUUGUUACUGGCAGUUCCAGGGUCCCACAUGGUGGUUUUGCUAAUAUCAUGGGUGGCAGUGGAUUGCAAAACUUCACGAUUGCUGCUGUGCCAUACACCCCAAAUCUGCUGCCAACUUCAAGCACGUGCAUCAACAUGCUCAAGUUGCCUGAGUACCCAAGUAAAGAAAUACUAAAGGACAGGCUCCUUGUGGCACUACAUUGUGGCAGCUACGGUUACACGAUGGCGUGAUGCAGUGGAAGACUCCUCCGACUGCGGACUCACAGUUCAGAGGGGCAGAAGCAAUUUAGGAGACGGCGACCGAAAAGUAGCCUCCGUGCAACCCACAGGCAGAGCUGACGUUUACAUGCAUAAAGGACCAGCUUUCCUGUGUUUCUCUCUUUCCCUUUUAUGCUCUGUGAUACGACUAGAAAAUAGAAAACGACUGCAGACGUUUUUAAAAACUGCAAGGUGAAAAUAGUAUGAAGUGUCCUUUUCAUGUUCCAUCCAAGGUUGUGUUAGGGCCAAAGUCUUACUCUACGUUCCACCUCUGAGGUAGCUGCCUUGUUAAAAUGUAUUUUCCUCUUUAUUUUGCUGUGUAUGUGGACAUCCCCAGCUGGUAUGUUCUGCUGCAUGUGAAGUGCGGUUUAUAUUUGGAAAACAAUUGUAAAGAAUGAAUUAAUUUAGAUUGUGUAUAAAGCCACAGAUAUGUAUUUUCCCAUAUUGUAUGUAUAUUGCAAUGAUUUUCUAGGUUUUUAGUACUUUAAUGUAUAAUGUAAAAUUUAGACCGAUGUGACUAAGAAACUGCUGAUACAAUGACAUGUAAUUUAUAUAUUAAACCUUACAUGGAUUGGCAUCUGUCAGUGGUCAGUUUCUAUAUGUAUGUAUUACGGUUUUUCUUACGCUUUAUUUCAAUUUAAAGGUAUACUUUACCAUAUUUUUAUUACAGUCAUCUGUGUGUCCUGGUAACAUUUGAGGAAGCAAUCUGAUUUACAGAUUACAAUUUAUGUAAUGUUUUACUUCUUAAAAUUGCUUUUUGUGAUUAAAUGUUAUGUACAAGUGAUAA